ACAACAUCUUUAUAUCACAUAGGCGUACACUGCAAACACUUAUAUUUGCCAUUGCACACACAACAUUUCUAUCACAACACACACAAUCAAUAUGGCCUCAACAACCAAACUUACCACCACAUUUCUCCUCUUCCUCCUCAUCUCUCUAUUUUCGACACGAACGCCGUCCGCCGAUGCGCAAAUAAUGCCACCGAUGGCGACUGCAGAGUCGCCAUCGAUGGCAAUGUCGCCGGCCGCAGCUGGGCCCUCGACCUCGGGUGGAAUGGAUUGUAUGACGGUGUUGUUGAACAUGUCAAGUUGCUUGACAUUUGUAGAACAAGGUAGCAAUUUGACUAAGCCAGAUAAAGAGUGUUGCCCUGCACUUGCUGGAUUAUUGGAUAGUAACCCAAUUUGCUUGUGCCAGUUGCUUGGUGAUCCUGAUAAAGUUGGUAUCCAAAUUGAUGUCAAUAGGGCCCUAAAACUGCCUACUAUGUGCAGUUUGGAAACUCCACCGGUUAGCACAUGUGCAGCUUUGGGUAUACCAGUUGCAGCUCCAACAAGUGGUGAAGUUCCUGCUUCUUCACCUGGAAGCUCUACUACAACAAGUGGUGAAGGUCCUGCUGCAUCACCUGGAGGUUUCGCUUCAAGCCCUAAUGCAGCUCCAACUAUGGCAUUUUUCAAGAUGCGAUUGGUUCUUGGCUUGGGAAUUAUGCUUUUCACAAUUAUUUUCUGAUUCAACAACAAUACUUGGAAUUAUUCUUGGUAGAGACAUUAAUAAAUUCUCUUAUUAGAAUUGAAUUUCUGUUUUGUAAUUCUCACUAUCUUUAAAUUUUCCACGUUCAAAUCGUUGUUGAUUUGAGAAAUUCGACAGAUAUUGAAUUUUUCUAGUGAUAUUGACGAUGUUUGCAUA